AUGUUGAUGUGGUUUUAUUGGGACUUGACGAUGCUGCUCCUAAUGGUCGGGAACUUGAUCAUCAUCCCCGUGGGCAUUACCUUUUUCAAGGACGAGAACACCACGCCGUGGAUAGUUUUCAACGUGGUCUCGGACACGUUCUUCCUCAUCGACCUCGUCCUCAACUUCCGCACGGGGAUCGUGGUGGAGGACAACACGGAGAUCAUCCUCGACCCGCAGCGGAUUAAGAUGAAGUACCUCAAGAGCUGGUUCGUGGUGGAUUUUAUCUCCUCCAUUCCGGUAGACUAUAUUUUCCUGAUCGUGGAAACCCGGAUCGAUUCGGAGGUUUACAAGACGGCCCGGGCCCUGCGGAUCGUCCGCUUCACCAAAAUUCUCAGCCUUUUGCGCCUCCUGAGACUUUCCAGGCUCAUCCGCUACAUCCAUCAGUGGGAAGAGAUCUUCCACAUGACCUACGACCUGGCAAGCGCCGUGGUGCGGAUCGUGAACUUGAUUGGCAUGAUGCUGCUGCUAUGCCACUGGGACGGCUGCCUUCAGUUCCUGGUGCCCAUGCUCCAAGACUUCCCUGACGACUGCUGGGUCUCGCUGAACCGCAUGGUGAAUGAUUCCUGGGGGAAGCAGUACUCCUAUGCCCUGUUCAAGGCCAUGAGCCACAUGUUGUGCAUCGGCUAUGGGCAGCAGGCCCCGGUGGGCAUGUCUGAUGUCUGGCUCACCAUGCUGAGCAUGAUUGUCGGGGCCACCUGCUAUGCCAUGUUCAUCGGUCACGCCACGGCCCUCAUCCAAUCUUUGGACUCCUCUCGCCGGCAGUACCAGGAGAAGCAAGCUGCGUUUGAGGUUUUCCAGCCUGCAGACUACAUCAUCCGGGAAGAGGAAGCACCAUUGGGAGAAGAAGAUGUGUAUUUCAUUCAGCACAGGAAAUCUGGCCUGCUGACCCAAGUGGGUCAAGCGCACCGCGAAAUGCACGAGCCGACACUUACUGGCCGCCUCUACUCCCUCUCCGUUUGGACAAUCUUCCAACGAGGUGCUGGAGGAGUAUCCCGCAUGAUGAGGAGAGCUUUUGAAGCGCAAGAAGAACUCCAUCCCUGCUCCAUAAAGUCCAGCAUGACCUCAACUCCGGAGUCUUCAGCUACCAGGAGAGCGAGAUCAUCCAGCCGUCGUGCAGCCACGACCAGAGAUGGCCCACUUAAUGCUGCGUCCAAGCUGCACGCCGCCGCUGCGCGCCCGCCGCCGCCUCUUCACCCGCGCCUGUGUUUGGACACCCCUCAUGUCAAGCUGGCCAGCUGCAAGCCGCCCGCCGCCACCACCUCGGUAGCAAUAGCCCUCACUCACCACCCUCGCCUUCCAGAGCGCCAUCUUCCAGUCCUCCAGUGUCUGUCGCCCGGUUCUUUGGGGCAGCAAUCAAACUGGAACUCCCUGGGCAGCACAGAGAGGGCUCCAUUCCUUAUCCCAAGUGUCCUCCAGGCGGGACCCGUCCGUAAGUGGGCUCCCCUUCCAGCCGCGCCGUCCCAGCAGCACACACCUGGGGCGGACCCCCUCUCCUCAUCCUCGCCAGGUCCAGCAGCUGGCGGGGUUCCGCGGCCUCGGCUGGAGUUGGAGGCCGGAUCCCAUCCGGACUUCGGCCGGCUCCCCUUCUCCUGCGGCUCAAGCCACUGCGCCUCAGGCGGCCCAUCGUCUGCAGGGCUGAACCUGCAGGAAACAAGGGGGGCCUUCCAGGACCUCGGAAGGAACUGCUCAACAGCAGGCUUCUGGGAGCCCGACAGCAAUCUGCCAACAGGCCUUAGUCCUCCCAGUCCAAAGCCCCCCCAGCCAGGACUUUUUUCAAGUGACCCUUCCAGGGGCGCUGGGCUCUCCGCCGGAUCUCUGCUGCUGCCUCCAGACCCCCAGCCCGCCUCCGCCCAGUCCCUUCCAGCCCAGGGGUACCCCGCCGCUUCCGCCCGGACGAUUGACCCAGGACCUCAAAGAGAAGUGCGCGGUUGGCCCAGGGUUCCUUUUUAUCCGAACGGCGUUUGCUUAGUGAAGGGAGGAACCCUUGUAGCAAAGUGCAUAAAAGCAGUGGAGACGGCUUACCUGUAUCCGUUAGACAAGGGACAUACCGGCAGCAGCUGGAUUUUAUGCAAAUGGUUUACCAAAACUCUUGACAUGUACCUAUUCUCUCCAAAUGUUGCCCCACGAGUACCCGGCCGUUCCUGCCUGGAAAUGCUGGUUUUGGAGACUGAGGAAAUAAUCAACUUCAACUGCCGGAAGCUCGUAGCCUCCAUGCCUCUGUUUGCCAACGCGGAUCCGAAUUUUGUGACGUCCAUGCUAACCAAGCUGCGUUUCGAGGUUUUCCAGCCUGCAGACUACAUCAUCCGGGAAGGCACCAUUGGGAAGAAGAUGUAUUUCAUUCAGCACGGGGUGGUCAGCGUGCUCACCAAAGGCAACAAGGAAACGAAGCUGGCGGACGGUUCCUACUUUGGAGAAAUCUGCCUGCUGACCCGUGGCCGGCGCACCGCGAGCGUACGAGCCGACACUUACUGCCGUCUCUACUCCCUCUCGGUGGACAACUUCAACGAGGUGCUGGAGGAGUAUCCCAUGAUGAGGAGAGCUUUUGAAACGGUGGCGCUGGAUAGACUGGACAGGAUCGGCAAGAAGAACUCCAUCCUGCUCCAUAAAGUCCAGCAUGACCUCAACUCCGGAGUCUUCAACUACCAGGAGAACGAGAUCAUCCAGCAAAUCGUGCAGCACGACAGAGAGAUGGCCCACUGUGCGCACAACGUCCAAGCUGCCGCCGCCGCUGCCGCCGCCGCCGCCUCUUCACCCACGCCUGUCAUUUGGACACCCCUCAUCCAAGCCCCGCUGCAAGCCGCCGCCGCCACCACCUCGGUAGCAAUAGCCCUCACUCACCACCCUCGCCUUCCGACCGCCAUCUUCCGUCCUCCAGUGUCUGUCUUCGGUUCUUUGGGGCAGCAAUCAAACCAGACUCCUAGGCAGCUGAGAAGGCUCCAUUCCUUGGUGUCCUCAGCGGGACCGUCCGUCGUGGGCUCCCCUUCCAGCACGCCGUCCCAGCAGCACACACCUGGGGCGGACCCCCUCUCCUCAUCCUCCUUCCAGAUCCAGCAGCUGGCAGGGUUCACGGCCUCGGCUGGGUUGGGCCAGUUCCAUCGGACUUCGGCCGGCUCCCCUUCUGCCGGCUCAAGCCACCACGCCUCGGGCAGCCCAUCGUCUGCAGGGCUGAACCUGCAAGAGCAAGGGGGGCCUUCCGAGACCUCGGAAGGAACUGCUCAGCAGCAGGCUUCUGAGGCCGACAGCAAUCUGCUGAGUGGCUUCGGCCCCUUCCAGAAGGCCCCCGAGAGCUCUCCAUCCCACGCCUUCGCCCGGCCACCCUCCAAUUCACCCAGCAGCCCCCUCGGCCACUUGCAGCCCGCUUGCAGGUCUCCCCAAGCGGGGCAGACCCAGCAGCUCUCAGGAACUGGAGCACCGGGAGGGAUGAACCCCUUCCCGUUGCCUCCCUCGUCCGGUUCUCCAUCCUCUAGCUUAAGCCAGCUGGCACAGGCGACUGGAGGCUCCCCUUCAGGUUUGUGUCCAACCCCGCCAAGUGCAUUAGGACCUCCCGCUGCCGCCGCAGCUCAGAUGCACCACGAAAGGUCACCCUUUGCCUCUCUGUCUCCCUUGAAACAGCCUGGUGGUGCCCCUCCUUUCCCCCCGCUUUCAGGCCUUAGUCCUCCCAGUCAAAGCCCCCCAGCCAGGACUUUUCAGCGUGACCCUUCAGGGGCGCUGGGCUCUCACGGAUCUCUGCUGCUGCCUCAGACCCCCAGCCCGCCUCCGCCAGUCCUUCCGCCCAGGGGUACCCCGCCGCUUCCGCCCGGACGAUUGACCCAGGACCUCAAGUUGAUUUCUGCUUCCCAGCCAUCUUUGCCCCAAGAAGCGGCUCAGACUUCAAGCCAUGGCUCUCCCCAUUCCUCCAGAGAGUCCGUUUCUAGCUUCUCAUCCUUCUCAGGAGGAGGGACGAGACCUCUCGGGAAGCCAUAUAGCUUUGUGCCAGGGAGAAUGACUCUGCCGCGCCACAUGUCCUCAGGUUCUCUGCCGCGCCCACCUGCACUGGAGGCCAGUCCGACCAUUUCCCCACCUCUGACUGCCGCGGGAGGGAGGAAAGGCUCUAUAGGGCUUGCCGGGGACCGAGAACCGGUCCGAUCGAAACUGCCCUCCAAUUUGUGAGAUGCUCCCUCCCCCGCCCCCGCCGCCCCCCCCCCCCCGAGGAGCUGUUUAUUUCAUUGUGCUUUUCGGAUCCCCUCGGUAGACUUUUACACACGAGUCAUUUCCCUGCCUUUCUUUUCCUUGAGUUCUAACUAUAACGAGAGGUUUUUGUUUUUCAGAAAACAAACAAAAAAACACAACAAAAAAAGAAGAUAAACAGGUAUUCUUAGAGCUAUAGAUUUUCAGUCACUUUCUUUUAUAGAAUAUUUUACUACAUAGAGCAAAAGAUUGAAGGGGGAAAAUGUGUGGUAAGGCGGAAACAGGAUGUACACCCAACGACCAGUUACGGAGGUACCAAAAUUGGCUGGUUGUGAGUGCCCAAGUUUAUACGGUCAGCAAUAAGGUCCCUGUUUUAAUUUGGGGAGGAAAGUUUUACAAUUUGAUGUUCACACACUCCUUUUGUGAUUAGACUGGACAGGGCCAGAAGUGGGAACUUGAAGAUGUUUGUUAGAAAGGUUUUCUGUCCAUCAAAAGGAACGAAAUUAAUUUAGCCAGUACCUAACUGGUGAAAUGUAGAAAAAUGCAGGCCGAAAACAUCCAUAUCCCCCAGGGAAUCCGUGUCCCCAGAGUUGAAAUGCAAAUCCUAUUGGAGCCAAACAUCACAUAAAUCUUACUGGAGGCACACAUCACAUAAAUUUGAAGUCCAUACAAAAGAGCCGCAGGUUGCAGACCCCUGGUUUAGAUAAUCAAAACCACCUCCUGAUCUGAAUUCUAUAAAACUCCUCUAAUUUGGAAAACCAGCCUUCUGGAACACGGAAGACGUUGGGAAUUCAGAGAGCUGCGGAAGUCAUGGUACGAUUUUGUGUCAGCAGUAAUAUACGUUAGAAAAGAGGGCGAUGUUAUUCAUACAUUUGUUGAUUUCGCAAGCCCCAAGUUUUAGACUCCUGGACAAAAGAAAGUAUGUUCUAUGCAGUCCGACGCAUGUUUGCUCAGAAGUAAGCCCUACUGUGUGCAGUGGGACUUACUCCCAAGUAGAGGUGCGCAGGAUCGCAACCUUAAGUGUUCUUUUUCUAGAAAGUGCGCGGUUGGCCCAGGGUUCCUUUUUAUCCGAACGACGUUUGGCAAGUGAAGGAGGAACCCUUGGCAAAGUGCCGCAAAACGGUGGAACGGCUUACCUGUCCGUUGAACAAGGGACGGUAAAACUGUACAAGGGCUCCCGUUUCAUUCUCCAUUCGUAAUGCAAUGUGCCACUUUACCGGACAAGCACGUGGCCUGUGGGAUUCGUAGCUUGUCGGCGUGGGCUUUGAGGCUCUACUCUGUCCUUAUGUCUCAGUUGUGGUGAGGGCUAGGGAACCAGUUGUGGUGAGGGCUAGGGAACUCAGUUGUGGUGAGGGCUAGGGAACCAAUCGAAAGAGCGGAUUUGACUCCCUUCUGAUGCAUGGCAAAAAGAGAGGGAACACACACCCUGCCGCCCCCGCCCCCCCGGGAGAUUUGUGAGCCUCCUCUCACCAAUUUUUGAAUAUAUAUAUAUUCUUAGCAGUUGCACCAGCACUGCCGUACGUGCAUUUCAGCCCAGUUUUGUAAGGGUCGGAGAAAUCGGACUUUACUGUAUAUGACUGUAUGAGCAAUAAACUCCUGAGGUUCCACAGCAAAAUGCCGGAAGGGGCCUGGACAUUCCUGUGGCUAGAUUUGGCACUUCCCUCAUCAGCAAAGGUCAGGGCGACCCGGGAAUGUUUCUUGGUGGACGCCAACCAGCCAGGUGGGUACGACAUAUGCUGCAAGCUCUUAGCUCUCCUCCGUUCACAUCUGUUUUCCCCUUCCUCCCAAGAUACUUCUCUUUGUCUCACAGGUCAUGCAAAACACAACAAGAAUGCUUCCAUCUCGAGGCUUUUCUAUCAUCCUCUUGUAUUCCUGCUAUUCUAAGCGGGGUGGUUUUUCUGCUCGAGGGAAAAGGGGUGGGGGAGAAAGAAAAAUGGUGCUGCCAGAUCGCAUAGGAAUAGUCAAACCUUCCCACUUCUUUGGGCUUUCCCACAGUACCGGCAGCAGCUGGAUUUUAUACCAAAUGGUUUGCAAAACUCUUGACAUGUGCCUGUUCUCUCCAAAUGUUGCCCCACGAGCACCCGGCCGUUCCUGCUUCAAAUGCUGGUUUGGAACUGAGGUAUAUUCAAGCUUUGGUCUUCCGUCAAGGUUCAAGGGUACUCUGGGGAAAAUAAACCUUUUUUUCUACUAACGUAAUAAUACUGCAGCGAUAUAGAUUUGUGUAUACAGAUGUGUGUAUUCCUCUAACAUACACACAUCCAUAUACACACAACCUGUGCGUACAUAUAUAUAAUAUAUAAAUAUAUUCUAGUUUUGAGGUAUACACCGAUACUGACCUUCCUGAAGGGGUCACGAAGAGCGAAUAUUAGCAACGCCCCAACCCAGUGGAAACCAACAAAAUAAGCGGGUCAGAAGGAAUGAGAGCCAGCGUAGUGUAGUGGUUAAGAGCAGGUGCGCUCUAAUCUGGAGGAACCGGGUUUGAUUCCCCGCUCUGCUACCUGAGCUGUGGAGGCUUAUCUGGUCCACCAG